AUGGAAAAAUACGAAAAUCUAGGGCUAGUUGGAGAAGGAAGUUAUGGAAUGGUUAUCAAGUGUAAAAAUAAAGAGUCUGGAAGGAUUGUGGCGAUUAAAAAAUUCAUUGACAGCGAGGAUGAUAAACAUGUUAAAAAGAUAGCACUUCGUGAAAUAAGAAUGUUGAAACAACUUCGUCAUGAUAACUUGGUAAACCUUUUGGAAGUUUUUCGACGAAAGAAACGUCUAUAUCUUGUUUUUGAAUUUGUGGACAAUACUAUAUUAGAUGACUUAGAAAAACACCCUAAUGGAAUUGACGAAAUGCGCACAAAACGCACUUUAUUUCAAGUCAUUCGAGGUGUGGAAUUUUGUCAUCUACACAAUAUAGUUCAUCGUGAUAUCAAACCCGAAAAUAUUCUUAUCAGUCGUAGUGGCGUCGUCAAAUUGUGUGAUUUUGGUUUCGCACGUACACUUGCUGCACCCGGUGAAGUUUAUACAGAUUAUGUGGCCACCAGAUGGUACAGAGCACCAGAACUUCUUGUGGGAGAUACAAAAUACGGCAGACCAAUUGACAUUUGGGCUAUUGGUUGUCUUGCCUCAGAAAUGUUGACAGGUGAUCCUUUAUUCCCUGGUGAUUCUGAUAUUGAUCAAUUGCAUAGAAUAGUGCGUUGUCUUGGCAAUCUAAGUGAGAAAUAUCAAAAUAUAUUUCAUCGAAAUCCACUUUUUGUUGGUAUGAGAGUUCCAUUUGCAAAAGAAAUUGAUCCAUUGGAUAAACGAUUAGCUAAGGUUUCGAAACUAACUCUUGGAUUUAUAAAGAGUUGUCUUCGAAUCGAUGCUAACGAUCGACCGACAUCAUCUGCUCUUUUACGAAGUGAAUAUUUCACUAGUGAGAAUUUCGCAUCUAUAUUCUUGGAAGAGCUAAAAACAUUAAUUAAAAGCGAAACAAACUCAAAUGUACCUUCAUCCUCGACCAAUAUCAUCAGUAGUAAGAAUACCGUUAAUAAUCUAAACAAUAAUAAUCAAACACAAGUUAAAAAUGAUCAACAAUGUAAAAUCAGUAAUAAUAACAGUAAUUUUGUGCAGUCAAAAGUUUCUAACACAACCGCGACAACGAUGACACCAACAAUAACUUAUAUUACUACUACUACUACUACUACUACCACCACCACCACCACUGGUAAUACGUGUACUGAUACUAGCACUACAACAACUACUGCCGGUAAACUUUUUUUGUCAGAUGUAAUGAAUGUGAAAAACCCAAAUAAAGAUAAAACAAUAACUCCAGAUCAUGUUGAUUUGUCAGUAACAUCACAAGCUGGUCUACAUAAUAAUGAAAUUACUGAACAAAAUAAAUCAUCCAAUAUUUCUACCGGUUUUUCAAGUAAUACUAAAUCUACACAAAUGGAAGGGAAUAAAUUAAAAUCUACUAUGGCUGAUGAACAGGUUAACUUAACAUAUGUAGCGUCUAAAGCAAGAAUUGCAGUUAAAUCUCAAUUAUAUAAUGAGUAUUUAGUACAUGAUGAAAAUAUUGAUCCACAUCAUUUGUUAGAUACAAUGAAUGUUUCAAAAAAACAACACUAUGGAUCAGAUAAUGUCUUGAAUAGGAACGAUGAUUCUGAUUCAAAAGAAUCAUUAACAGUAACUGGAAAAAUGAAUGAUCGAUUGAAUGAGAUGCCUUCUAUUCCACAAAAGUCAUUUGGUCUACUUACAACGGUUAAAUGUAAGAGCCCAAAACCAACAAAUCCAAUCUCGAAGUCUAUAUUAGAAGAUUUACGUGAACCUUUGAAUGAUACUGACUUAUCCUCUGCUUCCAUAUCAAUAUCCCCGUUACAAGUUACAAAUUUAACCAUUAAUGAACAGUCAUUAAUAAAUACUACUAACCAAUCCCCGUUCAAUAGUGGUUUUGUUGCCAAGGUUACCGAAGUGCCAAACGAACAAAUCGACUGUACUUCAACAGUUAUAGAAUCUUCUGUAAACAAAUAUUUAGACACAAAAGGUGGAGACUCACAACCUAAGGAAAUGACUUCAAAUAAACGUUUACCUUAUCUUACUUUAGGUCAGACUAGCAGCUACCAUUUUUUUCCACAACAGUAUCGAGGAGUUUAUCAAAAUCCUCUAAAAUCAGACCAAACAAAUACGUAUAAUCCUGGAACUGUUUCUUCAGGAAUGGGAUUGUCUUCACUGUCACCACUGUUAACCAGCAGUCAAACAACAUGGACAACACAAAUAAGUUCUUCUAAUACAAGCAACUCAUCCAAGGAUUCAAAAAGUCGACGAUAUUAUCAACCUCCAAAUCACCACAGAAAAUCAACAUUUUCUUUGCAAUUUCCUAUGAAUAUCAGUCAUUCAGUUUGUCAACCGAUUUCAACUUCGCUAAGCAAUCACUAUCAUAAUCAUAAUCACCAUCUCUCCAUACUGCAGCCAAUUGGUAUUAUGCCUUCUCCAAAUAUCUUUGAUACAAAUCAUGAUUAUUUACAUCCCGAACAGACUGAAUCACGUAGUUAUAUUGGUCAUGUAAAUUUUUCAACACGUUCACCGCUACAAACUUUGUCUCAACAGAAUGUUUUUAAAAAAUCAUUUACAUCAAAUAGUACAACUGGUACAAGUAAACAGGAUAAUACAUAUUCUCUUACUGGUAAUCAACACUCAUUUAGUCCACAAGUUUUACCAGCUUUUACAUGUUCUUCAUAUUCCACAAAUCAGUAUGGUACGAAUACAAAGCCUAAUCAUAAUAAUCAGUUUCCUAUAAAUAGAUUACGUAAUUCAGAUAAGUUCUGGCUUGGAAGCUUACCCAGAAGAUGA